GUUAAUGUCAACCAGUCAUUCUGCCUCUAGGAAGCCCUCCACAGCUGGUGGUGUUUCCACAGCCUGGGGAGCUGACCGAGUCACUUUCCCCAGGCAGGUGCUGCUGACAUGGGGACCCUUCUGUGGUCACUCCUUCUGCUGCUUCAGGAAACCAAAGGGUUUUCGGGAGAUGAUGAGGACAUGGAAGACGUGGCUGCUGUCCUUCAGGAGUCCGUCAACCUCUCUCUGGAGAUACCAUCUAACGACAAGGUUAAAAACAUCAUCUGGUCCUCUCAAAACAACCUCGCCACAGUGAUGCCAGGCAAAGAGGGACAGCCAACUGUCAUCCUGGUGAUGGAUCCUCGCUACCGGGGCAGAGUGAGCAUCUCCGAGCCCUGCUGCUCUCUCUCUCUCAGCAAUCUGACCUGGGAGGACUCGGGGCUCUACCAAGCCGAGGUCAACCUGGAGACGUCCCAGCUCCGUAUUACGAAGUCUUACUCUCUCCGGGUCUACCGGCGGUUGUCGAAGCCCCACGUCACUGUGAACUCUGAGAUAUCUGAGGAAGGUGCCUGUAAUAUCUCCCUGGUGUGCUCUGUAGAGAAAGCAGGCAUGGAUGUGACCUACAUCUGGCUUUCAUCACAGGACAGCAUUAACACAUGGCAUGAAGGCUCUGUCCUCAGUACAUCCUGGAAGCCUGGUGACAAAGCCCAUUCCUACACUUGCAGGAUCAGCAACCCCAUCAGCAACAUCAGUUCCCGUCACAUCCCUGUUGGGUCCUUCUGUGCAGACCCUGGCUAUCCGCAGAAGCCUUCGAUGUUAUGCCUCCUCACCAAGAGCUUGCUCCUUCUCUUACUCCUGGUAAUUCUAGCUGUGACGCUCUGCAUCUUCCGAGCCCAGAAAAACUAUGAGAUGGCAAGCAUGAGGAAACUCAAGAGAAACCGAAUCAAACUGAGAAAGAAGGAGAAAGCCAGCCCUAGUCCAGUCUGAUUGGCCUUUGGGGACCUCUGGCCUGAGAUUUGUUUCAGUCUUCAGGGAAGUCCUUUGGGGACAGUGGGAGAAGGGGGAUCAGAGUUGAACACCUAAAAGGGCCAUAUUCCCCGAGGGACACCAUCUGACAAUAAAGUCAAGUCCCCAUCACUCUGGAGGAGUUACCCUUCAUGCUUCCAUUUGCAACGGACAGCCUAGGGAAA